AUGGCGCUCCUCGUGCGUCGGCUUCGCUGGCUGCUUCUGGCCAUCCUCUUGAUCAUAACGGUGUUUUCGCUCUUCGACGACGUGAUCCGGCCAUCCGAAACUCCCGUUCCGCCACCUAUGAGGGAGGCAGAGAUAGCGCCAGGGACACCACCAGAGAGUAUACCACCAGAGAGUAUACCACCAGUUUCCACGAUACCUUCAGAACCUGCGGAGAAACCUGCGGAGAAACCUGCGGAGAAUGAUUGGCUGUUCGACGCGGAAAGUGACGGGCUCAACUAUGGCCUUUCCGACGACCAAUGUCAGAGUGCAUUCCCCGACCUGUACCAAGAACUCGACCGCGCGCGCGACUUCCUUCUAAGCCAGGGCCGACGAAUUCAAGAGACCGAUGUUCAGCUAGACCAAGAAGCGGAUUAUACCGGCCUACCGCAUGGGGAGUUCCAUGUCAUGAUCUCGAAUGGCGAGUUGUACGUAAUCGACGAAAAGAGGGGAGAGCCGGAUCGCUCCCGCGGCCUCGCCGCCCUCGCGAACAUGUAUCGCGCCAUUACCGCCAUACCGAACCCCCGAUCGCUUCCCGACGUUGAGUUCAUAAUCGAUAUCGAAGACAGGGCUGCUAGAGGCGAGAAUAACCCGGAGCGCAUCAGGUGGGCGUGGGCGCGCGAAGAGAGUAACCCGUGGUUAUGGGUCAUGCCCGACUUCGAUGGAUGGAGCUAUCCCGACGAUGGCGUUGGAUCUUACGUGCAGUUCCGCGAGGACGUGGCUGAGCUAGAGGCGAACUAUACCGGUGGGUGGGAUGAUAAGGAAGAUAAGCUUUGCUGGCGAGGGAGUUUGGCCGUGAACAGAGAGCUACGAACCGCCUUAGUGGAAGCGGCUCAAGGCCAGGACUGGAACGACGUGGAGGCCAUCGACUGGCAUAAUCGUUCCAAUAUCAUGGAUAUGCUAGACUUUUGCCGUUUCAAAUACGUCGCCCACACCGAAGGAAAUUCUUGGAGUGGACGGCUUCGAUAUUUGCACAACUGCAACAGCGUUCCCAUCAUCCAUAAACUAAACUACGUGUUUCACUAUCAACCUCUCUUGAAAGACAGUGGCCCUCAUCAGAACUAUGUCAAGGUGAACCGUGACUGGACAGACCUCAAGGCACAGAUGGAUGGCCUCAUUCUUGACCCCGCCCGAGCGCGGCGGAUCGCUCAAGAGUCGGCGAAUAUAUUCCGAGACCGCUAUCUAACCCCGGCAGCCGAGGCUUGCUAUUGGCGCCGUAUGAUCAACAACUGGCGUGCCGUGAUGGAUUUCGAGCCACGACGGUACGAGAUCAAGAAAGACGGCACUAAAGUUAGGAGAGGUAUGAGUUGGGAACGUUUUGCGUUUCGGCAAAAGAAGAGCUUCGAGCAUGGAUUUUGGGAACCUGAUGAGGGCAAAAACGAAAACGAGUAA